AUGGGGGCGCGCGUCAUGGCGUGGUGGCGAGCAAGGGUGGUCGCGCCCAUGCGCCGCGCCUGCAGGCUCGCCGUGGCCGCCGCCCGCGCCCGCGUCCGCAAGGGAGAGUGCGGGGUCCUGAACCUUCACCAGGACGUGCAGACGUGCGGCUACCACGACGUGCAGGUGAUGUGGGACAUGCUCAGCUCCGACAAGGAGGCCGCUGCCGCCGCCUCGGCGCCGGCGAAGCAGCAGCAGCGGCGGAAGAGGCCGUUCUGGAGGCUGCCUCCGUCGUUCUGGCCCGCCCGGUCGCCGCGCGCCGCUGCAGCGCAGUGA